UUUAUUCAGAUUGUAGGCAGGGCAGCCAGUAGCAGUUCAUAUAUUGCUUCAUUCAGAGUGAGAUCGGGCUGUGAGCGGCAUUACUUCCAACAUUGUGUAGAAUUCGUAAAAGUUUUGUACAUUUUACCGCACUCGUUGUGAGGCUAGAUUUUUGGUAUUCGGAAUUAUGGGGGACGCCAGUGGCACACUAAAUCAGGACGGAAAGGAGUUGGAUUCCCUGGAAGGGCGUCGCCACCAGGAACCCCUUAAAUGCCAACAUAGGAUGCUCUCCAGGUGGGCGAUGUAUACGAUUCUGGGUCCCACGACGCGGGUUUUUAUAGGAACAGCCGCUUUUUGGUGUACUUCUUCACUUUUGCAAUUUCAUAGCAACUAUUUUGAAUGCCACAUUCGCCCGGUGAAUCGCUUUCGCGAGGGCGCCGACCUCUGUGCCGUGGGCUUUAAAGCUGUUUACGCCUGGAUGCGAAGGCAGGAGCCACUGGAACCAUCGAUGCCGCCGGAGAAGCUGGUGAUGCUCAUUCACACGGCCAUGCAGCUGGAGAUGCCAAAGCUGCUGGCGCUGUGUUAUGGGCUCUUGUGCACUGAGCGCUUUCGGGAGGAGCUCGCCUUUCAGGUUUAUCUGAAGGCAUUGAAAUAUCCGCAGCUUGAAGCGCUGCGCAAAGUGAUGCUUCAGAGGAUCGGCACGGCAUUUGUGGCCGUGAUUGGGGGAUGUGACUUUCCGUGCAUGCCCCUGGAGGAUGUGAUGACCAUGCUGCAGCAGAACUCGCUGGGUGUCAACACCGAGAUGGAGGUGCUGGUGGGCAUUGUCAGGUGGCUGACAGUCAAUGCGCAUGAUAUUGCCAGAGCGACGCCACCGCUGAUGGACUGCCUACGGCUCACUCUAUUGCCACUGGCCAUGCUGCACAAGUUCUGGCACAGAGCCAUGGCUCCAUUGCAGCCCAACGAACCCUUCAUGAACUUCGUUCGUGGCCAUCCGAUGAUGCGGGCGAGGAUCAGCUGUGCGAUUACCGUGGCGCAGUUGCAGCAUUUGUACAGGACUCGUCGCGAGUUUCUCGAGUCCUGUCGCGCGAGGGGUUUCCUCGUCGAUGUGCCCAGGGAGUGGAUAUACGACGAGGAAUGCUCCUAUCAUUUGGCCAGGCCCAGUGCUCCCUAUUCCCACACAAUCCGUGUUCAGAUCGCCAUAGACUACGCACUACGCAGGAAUGAGCGACUUACGGAAUCUGCAGAACGAUGGCGCAGACGUUUUAGGCCAUUUCUGUCGCCUGCCGAUGAUCUGGACACCAUCGAUGAGGUGCCCGAGGACAAGGAUGAGGAGGCCGAAGUGCCAGCAGCACCAGCAGUGCCAGCAGUGCCAGCAGUGCCUGAAUCUGCAAUCCUGCGUGCCCGUGAAGCCAUCGCCCGCGAGCUCCAAGACCUGCGGCAGAUUCUCAACGCACUGAUGGAGCGGGCAAGCAGACGGGCUGAGCUGGGUCACCGACUGGAGCGACGCAUUCGGGAGCUUGAAAGGGAAAACUCGUCGGGUUUCGAGGGCCACGCAAUCCGCAAUGAGACAAGUCGCGAGAAUUCCCAUAAUUUCCAACUGCUGGAAGCUGGCCUCAGCAAUACCUAUUCCGAUUCCGAGUCCGAGUCCGAGGUUCAGGACGCCAGUGAUUCUUAUUAUUUUGAGCAUAUCUGUCGCUUGAGGGCGUUAUUCCUGCCGGAAACCGAAGUUCCUCGCCAGGAAACGCCCGCGGAGGAUGUGCGUCCCAUGGAAAGCUUUGUGCUGAAUGACGAUCUGAUGAUCAACAAGUUAUUGGAGCAACUCGAUGUGGGCGAAAUGAGCUAGGCAUUUCGCAUAUAUAUAUAUAUAUAUAUAUAUAUACAUAUAUUCGCAUAUGACCCCCCUCAAAAUUGCAGUUAACCUACAUAAAUCACACAAAGCGACCAAUUUUCUCAUUGUUUGGAGUUGUAAUCCAUAUGGAAUUGUAAAUUACACUUGAAGCCACCACAAAAUGUUCGAUUCAAAUGCCCCCAAAAUGUAUAUAUUUUAUAAAAAACAACAACCAUCUCAGAGGACAGCUCUAUAAUAUAUUGAUAAUAUUGAUUGGUAAA